AUGGAAAAAUCACAUCUCUUGUUUGUUCUGGUCGCUGUUAACAUUUUAAAAUUCAUUUCGACUGCAAAUUCAGAAACUACGGCUAGUUAUUCUAUAGCAGAUGAGGUUGGGGGAGUUCAAACGACCAGUGAAAUCAUUAACAUCACCGAUGGCCGCGGUGAAGCAGGGAGCGGGUCUGGAGUGUCAAAUCCACCCGAGAAAAUACCCUUAUACCUCGGCGGGUUUUUCGCUCUGCCCGGUGGGGGCUGGGACGGCAGCGGGGUUCUGGUCGCGGUAGAGAUGGCCCUGGAUCACAUCAACCAGGACCCGAACAUACUGGCAGACUAUGAACUUAAAAUGGUUUGGAGUGACACACGGUGUGAUGCGGGACUGGGUACCAGACACUUCUUUGAGCAGAUACACCAGCCUCCUCAGAAGUUAAUGCUGAUUGGUCCAGCUUGCUCCACCUCUGCUCAGGCAGUGGCCCAGACGUCAUUCUAUUGGAAUCUCAUCACGAUGUCUUAUUCGGCAGCCUCAUCAGCUCUGUCCAACCGUGUUGUAUUUCCAUACUUCUACCGCACCUACAUGCCUGAUACCAUGCUGAACAGAGCCCGAAUGCGAAUCGUUCGAGACUUCGGCUGGAAACGAGUUGCCACGAUCAAUGAGAAUCACGAUCUUUUUGCACUUGCAAUCAAUGAUAUGAUCAACCUGCUGAAAGCUGAUAACAUCACCGUCAUAUCGUCAGAGUCAUUUGAUGAAGAUCCAACCAAUCAAAUUGCCAAUCUUAAGCUUUUGGAUGCACGUGUUAUUAUAAGCAACACCUACGAAGGAAAAGCAAGACGUGUUUUCUGUGAGGCGUGGAAGCAGGGGUUGACUGGUCCUGGUUACGUGUGGUUCGUGAUUGGUUGGUGGAGCUAUAGAUGGUGGACAUUUGAUGACGCGUGGGCAGGGAAGUGCACCACCGACGAGAUCGUUAAGGCAGUGGAGAGCUCGUUCUACAUAGCAACUGAGAGUGUCGUCUUCGGGGAAGACAGUGCAGAAACAGUGGCUGGAAUUACUCCGUUGGAGUUUGACCAUGAGCUUCGGCAAAGACUUUCCCUCCCACGUUACGAGAGCUACACGUACAAUGGAAUAGCAACGUAUGGUUACGACGCAGCAUGGGCAAUUGCACUUGCUCUCAACCGCUCUGCUGAUAUUAUUCAAACGACAAGAUUUAAAGAUGGGAGUGCCAGGCGAUUAGAAGAUUUCACUUAUGACGAUAAGGAAAUGAGUCAACUGUUUUUUGAUGCUCUUGACAAAACCAACUUCUAUGGUGCAUCGGGUCCAGUAAGCUUUCUCGGAGCUGACCGUGUUUCAGUGACGCAGAUUGAACAACUAAGAGUUGGUUGUUGGCCACACUGGGUGCUGUACAACGACUCGUGUUACCUCUUCGUUGACCUUCCAACAACCGCUGACGAAGCGGCAACAUACUGCAGUGAAAACGACGCGAGCGAACUGGCGGCAGUCAGCAAUCUCUCCCAUAGUGAUUUUCUCACUCGAGCCUUGAGAGAGUCCGAGUCUAAUAACACCGAGUGGCUUGUGCACAUGACGGGUAGUAACAUGAGUAACUCUUGCUCUGCAUUGAGCUUGAUUGAUGGUGAAUGGGAUCUUGUGGCGACUAAUUGCAGUACACCGCUUCCAUUCAUCUGCCAAGACACAGCAGAAUAUUUAGAGAUUACUGUUGGUAACUAUGACACGGCUAAUGACGUACUAGUUAUGGACUCUGACCUUUUCUGGCCAGGUGGCGUGGUACCAUUGGAUAGAACACCCGUUAUUGUGAAGAACAGAGUGGACGUGUAUGUCGGAAUCCACUUAAAAACAUUCAUCUGCUUCACUGCUCUGGCAGGGAUUGGAAUUUUACUGUCGGUUGCCCUUUUAGUCUUCAAUUUGAAAUAUCGCUCACUGAGAAUUGUACGGUUGUCGAGCCCUAACCUGAAUAACAUCAUCUUGAUAGGAACCUCCUUGGUCUACGCUUCUGUUAUUAUUCACGGCAUCGACAGAAAUCUUGUGGUUGUGGAAUAUUUGCUCUUCUUUUGCCAUGUCAGAGUGUGGUUGCUAUCCGUGGGUUUCGUCUUAGCGUUUGGAGCAAUGUUUAGUAAGACGUGGCGAGUACAUAAAGUAGUAGCUUUUAAGACUCCUAAAAGAAUAGUGGUGCAAGAUCGAAAACUCCUAGCGAUGGUAGCCAUUUUGUUUUUAAUCGAUGUCGCCAUUUUGUUGCCGUGGCAGCUCAUCUUCGCUUGGCGAACAGAAACGAUGUUUCUUCCAGAGCAGGUACACAGAUAACUUGAUUGAAUAUUAAUAGAACAAGCAACAGUUAUACUGGUUCCGUUUGUAGAGUUCUGCACCGGUGAUUACUAUUUAUACUGGAGCAUCGCUCUCUUCUCGUUCAAGGGACUUCUGCUGAUAUUUGGCGCCUUUUUGGCUUGGGAGACACGUCAGGUAACGAUACCAGCUUUGAACGACAGUAAGUUGAUUGGUAUGAGCGUGUACAAUGUGGUCAUAUUAUGCAUCGUGGGUCUGGCUGUCAACUUAGUCUUGGGUCAAGACCCUGAGACUCUCUUCAUAUUCAACUCUUGUAUCUCCAUGUUCUGUACUACACUCACUAUCCUCAUCGUCUUCUUACCAAAGGUAUUCGCUGUUUGCAAGAAAACACAGGACGAUCCAAUCAACGAGUCCAGGCUAGCAGUGUCCGCGUCAACGGAGACUAACAAUGAGAUCAUGAAGGAAUAUUGUCGAAUGAAACAAAGCAUUGUCGAGCUUCAGAAAAAGUUAAAGGAGUCAGGUGGUGACACCUCAACCGGGCAAACCACAACCAGGGACGGUCAACUGAAACUCAACGGAUAUAACUGCGGUGUGUGGUGCUGUGGAAUCAUGUGUGGAUGCUCACCAAACGAUAACGGAUCUCAACAAUCCACUGACGAGAACGGCAUUGAACACUACGCCCACACCAAUGAUGUGGACUUAUCUUUGGAAACCACCCCAUAG